AUGGCGAAAAGCAUGUUAUUCUCUGUCGAGUUAUAUUGGGCAAAUGUGAAAAAGGUCCCGGCAGGGUCUCGGCAGUUGUAUCCUUCGGGUGUUGAUUUUGAUACGGGGGUGGAUGAUCUUAACAAUCCCAAGUGGUAUGUGGUGUGGUGUGCAAACAUGAACACUCAUAUUCUUCCCGAGUGCGUUGUGAGCUACAAAUCUUCUCUCAGUGUUCCCGGUCAAUUUAAUGGAUCAUCAUCUAUGAAGUGGGUCCCUCGUGCAUUGCCGUUGGUUGGAAAGUUAUUUUCCAAGCUGGAAAGUUCUCUCCCUCCUGCCAAAAUUCGGGAAUUGCGAACCUUAUGCAAUAUAUUUAAGGAAAAAAAAUUAAGGAAAGAGAUUUUCAUGAAAGGGUUACGAUCAGUUGUCGGGGACGAGAUGCUGCGGUCGACUAUCCAUGAAAUUCGUGGCAGUGAAUGA